CUGGAGCCCUCCAGGACAGCUCAAACCAGACCCCCCCCGAUCAGACCACCGUCCUCUUGUUUGUGAAAUCUGGAGCAGCCGACUGCUGACCGUCGCGAUCCUCUGCUGCGACGCCCAGCUCUGACAGCUCCCUGCUGCGGUUCGGCCGCCGCUCCCCCCGCCGCUGCGCGGCGCCGCCCGGGCGUCGCGGCUGGGCCAGAUGGCGGGCGCGGCGCCGAUGGCGCAGAUCGAGCAGGGCCGCCGCUGGCUGGAGGACGGCGAGGCGCCCGAGGCGGUGGCCGAGGAGGCGCUGGCGCUGGCCGGCGGCGGCGCGGGGAGGGGCGCCUGGCUCGUCGUCGCCGCCGAGGCGCUGUGCGCCGCGGGGGAGCCCCAGGAGGCGCUGGCUGCCGCCGGCGAGGCCCUGGCGUUGCUCCGGAGCCUGCCCGGAGGCGACCCGGCGCCCACCGCGGCAGCAGCGUGCGCCCUGGUCCGUGCGCACCUUGCCGCGAUGAACUGGGACGACGCCAUCUCCGUCGCGAGCGUGGCGGUAGAGAUCCUGCAGGCGACGGGCGACCCGGCCGCGGCCGCGCCAGCGCUCCUGGAGCUCUCGCGGGGCUACCUCGGGCAGAUGCGGGACCUGGAGCUGGCCGCGGGGGCCGCGAGGUCCGCCGCGGAGAUGUCUCGGAGUGCCGGGGACGCCAACGGGGUGGGCCGCAGCCUGCAGCUGGCGGCUGAAGCGUGCCUGAUGCAGGACCCCAGCGAGGCGCUGGAGGACCUGCGGGAGGCGGUGCGGGCGUUCGACGAGUGCGGGAACUGGCAAGGCAAGGCCGCGGCCCUGCAGCUGGCUGCCGCGGCGCGAGCGCACGCAUCUGGGCUGCGCAGAGCUGCGCGGGCGAUGUCCGAGGUCACAAGGUCUGGAGAGCACGCGCGAGAGCUCGGGUUUCUGUGGGGUCGGUGCCGACUGCCGAAAUUCUGCGGCGCUGACGGCAGCGGCACUGCGAUCGCGACCGUGAUGCUGGGGGCAGUGGCACUCGCGGCAGCGGGGGGCCUGCGGCUGCCACUGUGA